AUGCGUAAAUUAAUUCAUUUAUGGAUGGGUAAAACUAAAGGACCCAUGAAUGUACGAAUACCCAGCUGGAAAAUAAAUCAAAUAAACAAUGCACUUAAUAAUAUCAAAAUAAACAGUAUAACAAAAGGUUUCUCUCGCAAACCACGAGCGCUUGUAGAAAUAAACCGCUGGAAAGCAACUGAGCUUCGUCAGUUUUUACUAUAUACUGGUAUGGUUGUAUUAAAAUAUGUAUUAGCUGAUGAUUGUUAUCAAAACUUUUUAAUACUUUCUAUCAGUAUGAGAAUUCUUUUAAGCCCCAAUCAUAAAAAAUUUGUUAACUAUGCUCAAAAGUUACUAGACCAUUUUGUCAAAACAUUUGAGCAGUUGUAUGGAUCACACUUAGUUUCUCACAACGUACACGGGUUAUUACACUUAACUGAAGACUAUAAAAGAUAUGGACCAUUGGACAACUGCAGUACUUUCCCGUUUGAGAACUAUAUGAAGAAUCUUAAAAGAAUGCUUCGUAAGCAUGAUAAACCGCUACAACAAGUUCUUAAACGGUACGAAGAACAAUGCCCUAGUAAUACCAAUGAUCAAAAUGAAACUAAAAACAAACUAAAUUUGACUUCAAAAAAGCCUGAUUGCUAUAUUUUAACCAAAGAAGGUGAUGUGGUUAAAAUUGAUUUAAUUAUUAAAUCAAACGAUAAUAAUUUAGAGGUUAUUACUGGACGAAUGUACUUGAUCAAGGACGACCUAUUUGAAACUCCGCUGCAAUCAUCUAAAAUCAAAAUUUUUCUGGUCAAUAAUCUUUCGGAAAAUACAAAAGAGUGGAAAAUAUCAGAUAUAAAAAAUAAAUUAUUGUUCUUUGAAUAUGAAAACCAACAAAAUAUAACAAUGCCUAUUUUGCAUGAUUUAUAG